AUGGCGCGCAUUCGGAGGGAGUUUGAGCUCAAGGAGCAGAUAGGCGCGCUCGUGCAGUGCUGUGUGAGUGGGUGGGGGGUUGGGAGUGUGGGAGGGGAGGUUGAAGUCAAGGAGCAGAUGGCAGCGCUGCUGCAGUGCUGUGUGAGUGUGGGAGCCCACACCCCUCCCUCUCCUCCCCUUCCGCCUCCGCCUCUCCUCCUCCUCGUCCCCUUGGGAUCCGAUGCAGCAGCAGAGAUGCAUGAGAAGGGAGCAGCGCUAGACUCAAUCACUCCCCAUCUGCGCUCCUCCCUCGGCCUAUCAAACCCUAACGCCGCCCCCUCGCAAGCGCAAUCAUCCCGCGUUUCUUCGGCCGCUACACCCCAAGGGGUGUCCCUCUCGGGUCUAUUGAGUCAACUCCCUCCCCCCAUGUCCACCCCGCCUGUGGUUGACCCGGUCAACGCGAGUCAACGCAGUGCCGAGGCGCUUGACUGUGCGCUGCAGCUGCUGCAGGUGUGGGCUGCAAGGAAGUUUCUUGCGAUGAAGGCCAGAGAAGCGGUGGAGGAGAGGCAGCAAGGAGAGAAAGAAAGAGGGAAAGAGCAAGAAGGAGGGCGAGAGGGCGAGGGGUUGCUGUUGGCACGUGUUGCUGUUGCAAUCUCCCUGGUAAGAUAUGCAGCCUGCAACAGACAGCCAGGUGUUUCCUCAGGUGUGGCUUCAGGUGCUGACGGUCCUUCUCCUCCUGUUUCAUCCCCUCUACAGUCUGAUUCGUUAUCCUCUUCUGUAUACGCAGCCACUUUAGAAGCUGUUGGUAGUGUUUUGAAGGAGCUGUUAUGGGGAGAAGGCAAGGAUGCGAGCGAUUUGGGACUUAGUAUGGGAGAUGCUUAUAAGGAGUAUGAGAUGCUGGUUGAGCUAGUGGUGGUGUGUGUGUGGGCGCUGGCAGAAACAGGGGGGGCAGAGGGAUACUGCCAAACGGAGCCGCCCAGCCUGCACGAGCAGCAGGCUAACACCCAGGCAACGGGCGGCACUGGUGGUGUUUUCCAGUCCCAGCUGGCAACGGGCGGCACUGGUGGUGGUGGUGGUGCAGUUGCUCUUUCUCGCACCCCAUCUUUUCCUCCUAAUCACCCCGAAGAGGCUCGGCAGCUAGAGCAGGCUCGGCAAACCCUGGACCUCCUGCCUCGGAACGUGCCUCUUGCCCGAACCUACCUACACCUCCUGUUUGGUAACAUCCUCCCGAACGUGCUCCAAGCCACGGCUGCUGCAACGGCUGCAGCUUCGGAAGCUGCUUCGAAGCCAAAGCCGAAGCAGAAAGGGAGGUCCGGCGAAGGUACCGAGCCUGUUACACUACCACCGACCGUCAACCCGUCCCAACUGACCCAUGCGGUUACCGUGUUACUAACGGCGUUGCAGCAGGGGGGAGGGGGGGUGGGAGCAGCAGCAGGGGGGGCGGGGUCGGGUCAUCCUGGCUGGGAGGCGGAAUGGACGGUGCUAAUCGACGUUGUGGAUGUGAUCAUGGUGAAUCGGACGGCUGCGUGCGCGAUGGCUCGUGUGGCUGUGGCUAUCCACCCUCUGUCGAAGCAACUGCAGGAUAGAGAGGCAAAGCUCAACCCAAAAGCAACACAGAAGAGGGAGAAAGCCCAAGCCCAUCCCACCAACCGUUAUGCAGGGCAACACACCGAUUGUGGAGGAGAUGGGCCAGAAGCACCCACUUAUGGACGGGGUCAUUCUUGA